AUGACAAGGCUGGGUGGUUCUGAGUUGGUGGGGGGAAGGGAUGGGGGUAGAAAUAAGGGCAGGCGAUCCACCGACGGAAAAAAAAUCAUGAUGCUGCACGUUUUUAAUGUGGAUGCUGGAAACAUGCUGUUCUUCGACGUCCUCAUGUGUGCAGAACUAGUGUCCGUACUACAGGAACACAUUUUUAACGUGACCAAGAUCCCCAUAAACAAGCAAGUAUUGCUAGUGAGUGGGGGGAUAGCACUCUUGCCAACCCAAAGAGUGUGCGCAUACCCUGUCGGCACUGAUACCAACCCGAUCUUCCUGUACAACAAACAAUACUACCUCCAUCCAGGCAGUACAGUUCCUCUCGACCUGAUGGUUCUUGAAGACGGACCAGAAUUGUCAGAUUUGCAGGAUGAGGUGGAUGAAGGAUUGGCACUUGGAGACAGCAUGAAUGCUCUUGUCCUUCGGGCACAUCUGGCUUUCCGCCUCUGCGGGAUGUCUCAAGUAGCCUUGCAAGCAUGCCAGCGCCUGGUGCACGAACAACACCUUCAACAUCAGGGUUUCAUGAUUGCAAUCGCCAACAUGAGUCUUACAGUGCCAGGUGCCAAAUCUAAAACAGAGGAGUUCCUGACCGUGCUCCAGGAGUUUCUGGAAAAAAAAGCCACACUAUUUACAACUGAUAGAAACGUCGCAGCUUCCUCCUCUUAUGCAGCAAAUGGCCCAAUGCUGAGGAUUCAGCGGCUAGGGAACAACAUUCCAUCCACCCUCGACAUCUUUAACGCAUCCAAAUCUGCAAUAAAAAGCCGGCUUGCAUCACUGUAG